GGAGACCCUGUCAGAGUGACGUCACCACCUCCCCCCCUUUGAGGAUCCAGAGCCAGGAGGAAGAAGCUGAGGAAGAGGGGGGGAAGGGAUUCCGGGAUGCGGAUUCGAUGCGAGUGUGCCCGUAUUGUCUACACCGCAGGCCGCGUCUACACAGCCUGCGCCACUACCGCCGAGGUCAGGUCUUCCUCCUCUUCCUACCUGUUCGCUCGCUUUCUCGCUCUCUCGCUCUCUCUCUCCCUUUCGGACGCCCCGCGGCGAUACACCCAGCAGGGGGGCGGGGAGCGAGCUGGCGUCUGCGCCCGCGUCCGCGUCGGAGCCCCUAAUUGCUCCAGACAGAGCGAGCGAGAGAACGAGAGAGUGAGCGAGAGAGCCAGCUGGGGGCUGGGCGCCGAGGCAGAGCCGUAUAAAUAGCGCGAUGCCAAAUUCCGAGGGCGCCCCGCAGCCAGCGCGCGCGCCCCGGAGGACCCGGUGGACAGCACCCCCGCGGCAGACCGCGGCGGAGCCAUGGAGGAACUCCGGGCUUUCGUAUCGAAAUCUUUCGACUCUAGAAGUCCCCAGGACCGAGUCGGAGGACGUAAGGGAGACGCAGUCACCUACCGCCAAAUUCUGGAGCGCGGGGCCGCGGCGGACCAUAUCGACGACAGUCCCCUGCAGCUGUUCAAGGACCCGGUGGACGGCGGCGACCAGGACAGGAUCCGGGACCUGGGAGCGGCCAAGGCUACCCCUGGAGGCGCCUCUGGGCCCCGCCCGCCGAAAGCCGAGGAGGAGGAGCAAGAGGAAGAGGAGGAGGAGGAAGGCGGCGGGGGUGGGGCCCGGCUGAGGCAGCGUCGGAGCCGCACGAACUUCUCCGCGGAGCAGCUGCGGGCGCUGGAGCGGCUGUUUGAGGAGACGCACUACCCGGAUGCGUUCAUGCGCGAGGAGCUGAGCCAACGCCUGGGGCUCUCGGAGGCCCGGGUCCAGGUCUGGUUCCAGAAUCGCAGAGCCAAGUGCAGGAAGCAGGAGAACCAGAUGCACAAGGGGGUGCUUCUGGGGCCAGCCAAUCACCUGGAGGCGUGCCGUGUGGCUCCCUAUGUGAACAUGGGCGCCCUGCGGAUGCCAUUCCAGCAGGUGCAGGCUCAGCUCCAGCUGGACGGUGUGGGACGGGCGCACCUGCACCCGCACCUGCUGCCCUACCUCGUGCUCCCGCCCCCUCCGCCGCCGCCUGCGUUCGGCCUCCCCGUGGCCGCAUCGCUGGCCGAGGUCGCCCGGGGCAGCACCAGCAGCAGCAGCAGGAGCUCCAGCAUCGCCGACCUGCGGCUCAAAGCCCGCAAACACGCCGAGGCCCUGGGGCUCUGAUCUCUGAACCCUGCCUGCGGGGGUCGAUGGGGCCCGGGGAGGGAACCUCAGGUGUCUCUGUGUGGAGAGAGGGAGGCCUGGGGAUGGGGGGGGAUCUCUGUGGCGAAAUCCGUUCAUGCUCAACCUGGACCCGGGCGUAGGUGCCAGUGCCAAAUCCUGCGCCCUGGCUGCCGCGCCGGAACCCGAGGUUGCAGCUCCGAUCCGAGAACGAGGUCCCGGCCGGUGGGCACCCCCUGAAGGCCCUCGGCAAACCAUGAGAUGCUGAGACUAGCGAUGGCCUCAGGACAGCCAGGGUGCAUGGCUGGCGCUGGUUGUGGCGCGGUUCCAGAUGGCUGACCUGGGCACUUUCGGGUCGCUGCGGGGUCCCGGAUGUAGCAGGGGGAGCAAGUGCACGCCGAGUCUCCAGCCCGGCCACAGAGAGAGCUGGGAGUUGGCGCGCGUGAUUGGCAGGUGCCAGUCAGAGGCCAGUGCAAUAUUGUACAUAGAUUUUAAAUAAUAAUAAUGAUAACAAAAGCAAGAGGUGUUGCGGU